AUGUCGUUGCAAGACCGAUUCGACUCAAUGACCUAUGCCCAUUUCGCCCCAUCGCGAAGAUAUUUUACCCCAGUAGAGGCUCGCAAACUCGCCACUUUUGUACAAAAUAUGGCCUCCUUACUGAAAGAAACUGUUACGGAAUUCGCUAACCAGCCACUGCAGGUAUUCAAAACCGCUCUCGCCAAUGCUAGAACCCAUGACGGUUCAAAGCCAGACAACAUAAAUACCAAUUCAGUAUUUACGAACCUAAGUAAGAUCAACAAGGAGUUUCAAGACGUUUCUCAUUUCUUCAUUCCAAAUACGUCAUUAUUUAAGGGAUUAAAGACUGCCGAUGGGCUUGCGCAGUUGCUGGCCCUUCUGGGUUCCACCGCAUCGACCACGAAAGGCGUGGUUGCUAGAACAAUCCUUGCGAAGAUAGCCAAAAAGUUUUUAGAAAAUAAAGAAGCAUCCGUUUCAAACUCUUCACGACGAAAUACGCGAAUUACUCGACGUACCGGCCGAGGCUACCUUGAUUCGGAAGCUAUAAUUCUGUUCAUUUUAGGUUUAGGGAUCGGUUCCGUAAUGGGCCUUGGUUCUGUACUGAUUCCAAUGGGACUGUAUGGAGGAUAUGGUGCUGCCACGGUUCCCAUUAAUACCCAGGUUACGGCGGGUCGGAGGAAACGGAGAGAUCUGACAAACCACACAAACCCGAAUUUCUCGGCUUUGGAAGAGAGCUUUCGAAGGAUUAGACGAAGUCGACACAGGCAACUGGGACAGGACGACUACGAGCUACACGAAAUACUCAACGAUUUGAGUACACGAUUUCUAAUACAUCUGCCUCCAGGGGAAAAAAAGGAUCCGACCCGGUUGUGUUUUCAGAUGGAACUCGCUUAUUGGUUUUACUUAGACUAUUACGCGGGUGAUGGCAGUGGCCUGCCGAAUCUGUCGAUGCGAGACUUCACACACGCACUUUUCGCCCACAUACCGGGACUUCGCAAAUACUCUAAACGAACAGACGACAUCAUCGCAACAUGGAAACAAUUCAAGUUUGCCGUACCAACUUUCGGAUGUAUUCUUGUGGAUGACUCCUUAGAACAGAUUCUAUUAGUCCAAGGCUAUUGGAGCAAAGGAUCUUGGGGUUUUCCAAAGGGCAAGAUCAACGAAAAUGAGAAGCCUCACAAGUGCGCAGCGCGCGAAGUUCAAGAAGAGACAGGGUUCGACUGCUCCCAUAUGAUUAACAAGAAAGUAUUCCUUGAGAGGCGCGUGGGUGAUCAUGAUCAGAGGUUGUAUAUUGUUCACGGCGUAUCCCGUAACACGGUAUUUCUCCCGCAAACUAAAAAGGAAAUCCGCUCGAUUCGUUGGUUCCACCUUCGAGAUCUUCCAUCGUUCAAAAAGGACCCAACGCCAACUGAACGACUGGGAAUCAAUUCAAAUGCAUUUUUCAUGAUAAUGCCGUUCGUUAAGCCUUUGCGGAAAAUGCUUAAUCAACUUCGGCAGGCUACUGGUAAGAGCCCGUUGCCGAUGUUGAAGACGCCGAAACCCGCUAGCGAAGCAGGAUCAAUUCCAAAGAGCAAGACCGGUCCGAGCUCUGUUUCUGGAGACAGUUCAACACAGUUAUCUAAUAAAAUUAAUAAACAGCAAAAUCACCGAGAUGCUCAGAGUUCGACAACGGGAAGUAGACGCUCGUCCGUUGAGCAUCAUGCACGAAGAUCGCUUAGUAAGCUUUUCGACGAGGCUGCGAAGCUUCAGGAUGUCGGCGACCAGUUUACCAUCACGAACAAUCACGGCAUCAUGGUUAACAAAAACACAAGCAAUAGCAACCAUAACGUUAAUAAUAACAAUCAUGUUAAUAACAAUGUGGGUGGCAAAGGUGGAAAGCACAACAAAUCUGCAAAACAGGGAAAGCGCUCCGCUGGAGUGGGAAGCGCAGGCGGUAGCACAGAAAGUGGUCGAACAGCAGGAAACACGUAUAAACCGCCAAAUUUCGAUAUACCGGCGUGGAAGAACUUUAAACUAGAUUACGACGAAUACGCCAAGCUUGUCUAUUAAUGGGGGUAGAGUUUACUUUUGAUAACUUCUCAUCUCUUCACUGUAUGAUUUUGUGUCGCAUGUAUAUCCGAAAGAUUUUGUAGUAUCAUGACGAUAGUCUGCCAGUUGACGGAUAACUGAUUUGGUACAUGCAUCCAGUAGAUAUGAUACGAUGUACCUAUAAUAAUUUUCUCACUUCAGUAGCAGUGCUGGUCUCCUAUAAACGGGCACUCGUUGGCGGUACAGUGGUAUAGAUCCCGCCUUUAUACAAGCUAAUGACUGCUGCGGAUGCUCGUACCCAGAUAACAUAACGCAUCGCGUAUAUCCAUUCCACAGAUGUUUGUAUAUAGCUCUUUUUAUUAUUUUUGCACAGGGUAACUAUUGAAUGUUGAAGCACACACGCUUACAUAUCUUCGUGGUUCACCGCCCUGUAGAUAGCAUAAGCAGCUCAUAGCGUAUAUUCGCUUAUUAGCCGCGUAACGAGACAAUGUUUUUGUCGAUUCUGAUUAAAAGGUUAACGCAAAAUCUACGCAAUACGUAAAUUCAUGUAUGUAAAUACACUGCAUCGAGCGCACUUUAACGCUUGUGAUAUAAAGCUAUUUAAUGAUUCGCAGCGUUCACAACAUGUAAAAGAUACAUACAAACGAAGUCGCACUGCAUUAUAUAUAUAUAUAUAUAUAUAUAUAUAUAUAUAUAUAUAUUAGUAUGAGUAAUGUGUAAUGCAAGGAUGUAAAUAUAAUGAUACCAUUAUUUAUACCAUGCUUUACUAAACAGAAAAAUCACGGCGUUGCGCUCUUCAGCUGAUGACUUUUUUUACGUGACAACAAAUCAUCUAACCUGUACAGUAACUGUAUAGAAAAUGACUGCGUUAAGAGAGCCUGCUGCUGUUAGCGAUUUACUCGUCUCAGCCCCAUACAUAAAAAGCGAAGGAGUGAAAGAGAAAGAAAGAGAGACACGAAGAGAAAAUUAUUGGUUUUUUGCAUUGCUCUGUCAAAACAGCGGACAAAUUUGUACAAAAAAAGCCGUCGGAAUAGACGCAGAAAUCAUCAUGGAUAGUAAAUCACGCCUUCAACCACGCAAUCAAUCUGUUCACUUGUGUUAAUUACCAAAAAGAUAUUCACGCAAGAACUCACAACUUGUGCGAUACGCUGAUCACAAAAAGAAAGGGCGAGAAUUUAUUAAAAUACGACGAUCUUAAUGUCCAUUGAACGAAUAUUGAACUGUAUCAUGACUGACUCGGUGAACGCGCGUGAUGUAUUAUGUAUAGGCGGAAAUGCUCACGUUAGAAAUCUGUUGUUGCAUCUUUCCAACGUCAACCAGAAUUACAUUAUAAAGAAGCUCAAGGGGAAGAAGAUCACAUGAAGGAAGCAACUCAUCGAAAAAGUCUAUCUGUAAAAAAGUCUGACAAAAUAUAAACUUCUUUUACCUUCAAGUUAAAAUUAUGACAUCUGCUUUAUCAUUCAUGGGUAUUUAUUACUAGUUAAAUCGAGAUGGCAGUCGAAGAACUCGGAUUCGAAUCUGUGGCUAACCAAAAAGUUUUUGAAAGUAAGUCGCUUGUAGCCCAGGUAGUUAAAUGAUUCAUAUUUGAUUACUCAGCAGAGAUUCCUAAUACGGUUAAACAAAAAAAAAAAGUUAAUACGUAGAUGUUACUACCUGCAGUUAAUUCAAGAACAAAUCAUACGAAGCAGUGCAAUGCGAACUGUGUGCAAAAUUCAAAAUUCUCAGUAUGUUUAUGUAGUAUGACCAUUUCACUGGGCCGAUUGCAUUUGGACUAAAUGAUUUCGACAUCGAUGGCUAUGUAAUGAACCAAUUUAGAUGCUUAUUAACUGAAUAUGCCAUGCAUCUACCGCUAUUUAUACUGUUCAAGCCCAAUUACGAAGUGCAGAAAUCUUACACUGGCACCAGGACUAAUAUUGGACGUUGAUAUAAGGUAGACAAUGUUUUAACUUACUUUUAAAAAA